GAUAAGUCGCACGAUAUUCGCUUCAUUUCGAUAUUCGCUUUAUGGAUACACUAUCCAUUCCUAGUUUUUAUAUUACAGCAAUCUACGUUUUCCACAGGGUUACGAAAUUGUACUAGUUUUCCUAUGCUUACGGAAUUGACAACUGACAAAUAUCGUUCAUGGAUGGGGAUCGGAUCCUUCAUAUUUUGGGCUGUGGGAAUAUCGAUACUGCCUCUGAUUGGAUACUUAAUUCCCGCGUGGAGAAUGUUCUUGCUUGCGACAGCUAUCACUGCAAUUCCUGUUUUGUUUUUCUGGUGGUAAGUUUGAAUAGUUUGAAUAUUUAUAUAAGGUAAUACUUUCUGAGCUUGCGCAACAGAAUCUAUAUUGAUGCUUUUAAUAAGUCAAAAUGUCGGGUGCUGACGUCAUACUCGUUAAUUUGCUCCAAUCUAAUUUGGAUUAGGUUGAAACUAUAAAAGCCCUUUGAAAGAUAUCAAAAAUAUCAAACAUAACAAAUGCAAAAUGGGCAAAUAAAAUUAAAACGGAUAAUUUUUGACUUAUUAAAAUCUGCUAAGUGAAAUCUCGCGUGAGAACAUAACAACCCAAUUAAACGACCAUUGAUGGAUCCAUCAGCAAUUUCACCUUCACUUAUCGACAGCGCAUCAGUGCUGGUUGUGUUAAAUGUGUCGGUCUUUUUUUUCGACAAACAAUAUCGUCGACUACAAUAUUGGCAAAAAGUUAAUGAAACUCAUGAAUAAUAUAAAAGAUAUCGAUCAAUCAAACCUCACCUGAACAACGUGCAUGGAUGUACAGUAUACAAUGCUUCGUCGAUUGCAAGAACACCAUGUGUACUUACUAGUUUAUAAAUACUAAAUUCAACAAAUUUUGUUAGGGGUGAAAGGGGAUAAGAUAGAAUAAAUUAGUUUUUUCCAGAAUUGUAGUUAUUGUAGUUUCCUUUAGUAGGAAACUGCUAAUGCAGUUAGUUGAAAUGAGUUUUACAUAAAAGUAACACAAACGUUAAUCUGCGUUUCCGCUCAAGGCAGUUAUUAUAUUUACUUGGAAACUGUUCUGCUUCUUACAAUUGUCGGUUCCCAUAAUUGAAAAAGUCCGAAAGGAAUUAUGGUAGUUAUAUUCAGCAAGGAAAAGCUCAAAAUCGCAUCCAAUGUAAAAACUUUGGAAGCAUCUGUUUCUGGCCUUUCUAUCGCUGUCGUCUCAACCAAACUCUAGUUUUUUUGAGAACUGCUGCACUGGUUAGGUCUCUGAAGUGCCAGGGGGGGGGGGAAUAUUUCAAGAUUCAAAUCAUUUGUCGCCAUCGUUGAAAAGAAAUUCGAUUUCAAAAUCGACCUAUCACAGUGGCAGUAGUUUUAGCUGUUGUGUACCAACCUGUUCUAACAAUUCUAUCCGAAAUAAAGCAGAUAAGGUGUCCUUUUAUGUUAUUCCAAAAGAUCUGGCUUGGGGAAGGAAAUGGUUACGUAUAAUAAAAUAGGUACGCGACGCGUACAUGUGUCUUCCAAAAAACUUGAUUCACAUUUUGUAUUUUCUUGAAAGGAAUUGAAUAAUGAAGAUGAGAUGGGACAUUUGAAAUAUUUCAUCACUUAUUAUAAAUAAAUAUAAUAGCAAAUAAGAUUUUGAAGUCAAACAUAAUGCACAUCUAACAGGGCUGUACCCAGCCGGGAGAGCAGCAGGGGCAAUUGCCCCCCACCGAGAAAAUUGAACUAAUUUUAUAAUGUGAUUAUGAUUGUAAAGGAUAAUUAUGCUGUCAGGAAAUAAAAAUUUCAUGCAAAAAUAUUCUUAGUAUCUAUACAGCUGGCUAUUUACUAAACGUAAACUGUUAUUAAAGUGGUAUUGUACUCAUAUGAAGUAAAAGUUCUGUCACUUGUUGUUUACACUUGCCAAUGUUAACUGUUGAGUAACAUGCACAAACUAUUCGAGGAACAUACAUUACUGUAGCAAGGAGGUCAAUCAUACAAUAACAUCGAAGACCACUGAUCAGUAAGGAAUGUUUUGAAAGUCAUGAGUGAAGUAUAUUACUCAAUUCUAGUGGCCUGUGCACAGUUAAUUAAUGAUAUACCACACUGUUCAGUAUAACACAACAUAUUCAAACAAUUUGUGUUGUGCAUGGGAGAAAAUCCGCUUGAGUAGAAGGCAUCCGUAUGAGCACAAGUUUGUUUUUCUACAUUGUAUGCCAUUGAUCAGAUCCAUCCAUAUGAUUAUUGUAGGUGUUAAGUUAUAUUCUUAUACAGUUAUACUGAAUUUAUAUAAGAUUGUCUUGCAAAUGGGUUGUUCUGAUAAAAUUAUCCAGCAAAUAUAUCCGAUACAUUUAUUCGUCAUGCAUUCUUGUAUUAAUCUCUAAACAAAAAGAUUUAUGUUGGAAAGCAAAAUGACAAUGUAAUGAGGAGGGAGGGUGGGGGUUCUGUUAUUAGCAUUUGAAAAUGUUGGUAAAAAUGUUUCUUAACUCUAUUGUGUAUAAUUUAAAACCAAACUUUGCCGCCUGCUAGGGUGACUGUUCUAAGUUGAUAGUAAAUAAUGCGAAUAGCAUCGUAACUCUCUAAAAAAAAAACAGUUUCAUGAUGGACCCACUUUUGCAUGUUGUUCUACUCAUAAAAAGAUGCUACUGUGCACAAUUUGGUGCUUUUAACCCUCUUCGGAAACAUCCAUGCACAUAUCCGCCACACGCACUAAACGCUAUGCCGUUUGUGGUUUGUGUUUCCACUUAGUCAAAUAUUACAGUAAACGUUUUUAAAUUUUGCCCCCCCCCCAACAAAAAAAAUGUUCCGCCGCCCCUGAUACUAAAUUGGUCACGUAUUCUUCUUUGAAGGACCUCGCACCACUUACAGCUCCUAAUAAUUUUUGACCUUCUGAUGUUAUCUAGAUUCCAUGAUCUUUAAACAGAUCAUUCGCUUUAAUUAAGUCUAACUCAUUCUUUAAAAUAAGCCAAGACUUCCCAGGAUUUACAUUGUAGCCGUACUUCGCGGCUUCCGUGAUCAAGUGAUUGAGGAAGUGGAGAAGGGAAUAGAGAUCUCCGGCAGCAGUGGUACCAUACUUGUUUCACACUUUCCAGCUCAGUUCGGAGGAAGUAUGAUAAUGGAGAUUAAAACUGCAUAAAAGGGCAUGGCAAGAGGAUCUGUCUGGGUAGUCCCUUCUUAGGAAGACAUUUCUCCUCCUCCUGCAAGGAAUAAUCUUGAUGGCAAACGAUACGUAUUAUUAAUGAUGGACAACGCUGCUCUUGGACACAAGAUUAGGAUGUUGUGCAUCGCCACUUUCCGAUUUAAAGAGUCGAAGGCUUUUGUAGCAUCAAUGAGCAAAAUAUCUUGUGAAUUAUCCUCUUCAAAUAUAGUUUUCAUUGAGUUUCUAACUCAAUGGCGAACGGACUUUCCAACAGGCUUUAUAUUCCCCAAUUGAAAGGGACCCGAGUUAUACCUACGAUUUUAACGUCCGAUUUUAACGUCAAAUAUUUUAAACAUUUAGUUGGAUGUCUGACCUAGGAAUGAUCCCGGGUCUCCCUGCUUGAAAGCUAUGCAUGGUGACCACGAAAUGUUACUGAUAAGCAGUAACUCUUGAAAAAUUGUUCAUUUUUCUCAUAAUACAUAAAAAAUAGAAUAAUGCAAAUUAGUAUAAUUACAUAGGUGAUUAUUGAAAAUUCUCCACGCCGAUUGGUUGCCUUUGAAAAAAUCUCGACUUAAUCGUCUCGGUUUUUAUUCACCGAUAAUCACCUAGCUUUCGGCGAAUAAUAAUAAUAACUAGUGCAUGUUGCAACUAGCAUAGCCGUACGAGGGGCGGGAGGGGAAGUGACUGCAAACGGCAAUUUUGAAGUUAUACAUAUAAAAAAUCAGGCAGAUUCUUUGAUCACCUCAAUCCCGCGUCGACAGAAAUUAUGGGAAGUCCAACUGUUUACAAUACUACAUAUUACAAUAUCAUGUAUAACAAUACAAACAACAAUAAUAGGAAAAUUAUAAUAUUUGAGUAAUUUACCUUCAACAUUUACAAGUACAAUUCCCAGUUCGUGGAAAUAAAACACCAUGAUCUUGUCACAUCAAUAAUACUUUCAGACUUCCGUUUUUAGUGAAUAUAAUUAAUUGCAUGAUUAUGCAGAUAUCUGAGGGUUUAGCUAAUGAGCUAUGCAAGAAAUAUAAUGAAAUCUAACUAUAAAGACCUGUUUACAUUUUCAUAUAACCUGCCGCCUUGGUGAUCAUAGGGAUCAUGUAGGCUUGGGGAGCAAGGGGAGCAUGGUGAAAUAUUUUUUAGAACAUCACAUAGACAAAGGAAAACAUUUCAAGUGAACACGAGUAGACAGACUCCCCUUGGAGACACUCCUUGGUAUAGUUACAGGGCGUAUGAUUUGAGAGUGAGGGGGUGGGAGCAGCGGGGGACAAGUUGAUUCAUAUACGCCUAUGCAUGUGUGGUAGCUGUUACAGCACUGAAAUACGCGCAUCUAUUGAGAUAUACAUCUCUUUUGCCAGGUUGGUACCAGAAUCUCCUCGAUGGCUGUUAUUGAAGGGUAAAAAAGAAGAAGCUAAAACGGUUCUUGCCAAAAUUUCCAAAAUGAAUAAACUACCUUUACCAGACGAUCUUACACUGCAAAAUCCUGUGAUACCUGAAACACGAGCAAAUUUUAGGACAAUAUUUCGUAGCUGGGAAAUUGCUAAGAAAAUCUUGAUUUGUUGGGAUUUAUGGUAUGUCUUCUUAGUUAAAUAUUAAUAACUUCUUAUUAACCGAACGAGAGAUCUGUACUGAGAAAUAUCGGACCGCGGUCUUUUUUGUACAGACCGAGCGAGUAGGGCUAAAGCAGGUAGGAUAAAGAAAACGUGGAUAAUAUAUAUAUGUAAAACAUUUUCGUGUCUUAUUGAAACACUAUAGCUAAAUGAUAAGAUAACAAAAGUGCAAUCAGUUCUUACAUUAGAUAGGGUUAUUGUUAUAAAAUACAAUGCAGUCAUUAAGCUGGAUUGCCUACUAAUAAAUUAACUAAAAUUAGCAUUAUAUGUAGAAAAUAUAAAUUGUCGCAUCUAUAUAUAACCGUGAAAUGCCAUAUAACACAUUAAUGAAAUAAACACAUACACACAUUGCGCCGCUUGUGAAAAUAGCAACUUCCUUAAUAUUUACACUACAUCAAAAAAGUGCCGUGGCACCUUCCUCUCCAUGGCAAUUGGAGGGUGCGGCGCGAUAAAAUUCCAGCCGCUAUAAUCGAAGACCUAACGUGUAUUUGUGUAUGUGCACUUUGGGAUAUUGCAAUCCUUUUUUAUUUCCGUGAUUUUUGUUGUAUAUAUAGGUUUGCCAAUGCCCUUGUGUACUAUGGUGUGUCUUUUGGCUCUGUUGAUCUUGGUGGAAAUAGAUAUCUGAAUGUUUUUCUUGUCAGUGUUGUCGAAAUACCUUCAAAUUUCGCUUAUAUUUGGUCAGCACACAGGUGAGUGAAAGAGUGCUCUAAUAUACAAUAUAUAAAAAAAUGUGUAAAUCCUAACUUAUAUGGGCACAAUUUACUCAGACUGUCUUCAUUGUGUGAAGAGAAUAUUCUACACAGUUUUAAAGUGCCUAUAUCACUUCUGGGACCUCUAUGGAUUUCAAAAGAACGUAAAAAGUUAGUUAAUACGUUCAAAAGAUUUUUUUUAUUUAUUGCAAUAAUUUCUAAGAUACAGGCCUCUAAACUAUCCCUACAGUUCCUGAGUACCAGGAUCCUAUGCACAAUGGGCAGUUUGGAAAAAGGCCAAAUUCAAUAGCCGUGUUUAUAGAGCCCAGGAGGGUGGGACUCAGGAACAAUCCAUUGUUUAAAGACCUAUAUCCUCAAGACUAUUGCACUAAAUAAAAAAAAUCUGUUGGUCCCACAAGUGAUAUAGGCACUUUAAGGUUGGAAAACAAUUUUUUCCUUUAUUGCUGGCGUAUUGGCUUUAUAACCACAAAGCUUUUCGCUUUCGCUGGGACUACAGUAUCUAGGGCAAUCCUUUAUGCAAGCCUAUAUAUUGAUCAUAAUUACUUAUAUUUUAGAUUUGGUCGUAAAAAGUCUGUCAUUAUUCCAAUGCUUAUUGCAUUCGUUGUAUCCGCUAUCUCAGUGGCAAUUCCCACAAACAAAAGUUCGGGUAAGCAUGUAACAUUUCAGUCCUCUCGCUCGAUAAAGCGUGCGAUGUCAUGGUUUUUGCGUCAAAACAUUGAAGAAUACGACUACAUUACUAACGUCACGAAAUCGAUAUCGUGGGAAUGGCGACCUUAAUUUGAUUGGUCCGCGAAAAUUAUAUUGACGUUGCUAAAAAUGAUAUAGCCUAUGUGUAGAUGUACAGUUACUGACUCUUAAGGCAAGCUAUUCCAAAUCAUGCACCGCUCCCCGAUACAUAUAGGCGUACGGGCGGGACAAGAAUUUGCCUGACGUUGAUGGAUAUUGCCCGGCAUUAUCAUGGGAUUAUUGAUAGGUGAAUAGAAGGAACGCAUCUGCUAUAUAUAUGUACAGGCGCGUGGAUAUAAAUUCAAUCUUAAAACGAUAAAUAAAAAAUAUAGAACUAUUUACGAAACUUUCUGGGAUUUCAUUUUUUAUACCUUACUCUCUAUUUUGCAUGCAUGCAUGCAAUUUAAAUUUAAAUUUAUGAAACAAAAUUUAAUCUGUCGUUUAGUUUCUCUGACUAAAAAUUAAAUACAUCAGCAUUAAUAUCAUGACAAAUACAUUAUGUAUACCUAUAUGUAUAGCUAAUUGCCCGAUUUCUAAAGUGGCAGUAUCUGCCCGAUUAAACACUUAGUAGAGAGGUUUAGCAAAGACAACGCGACGUCAAAGAUGACGUGAAAAUGGCAUAAAGAUGGCGUGGGCAUGCACAUCCAUAGAUAGGUACGCCAUUUUCACGUCGUUUUUGACGUCGCGUCGUCUUUGCAAAACCUCUCUUUUAGGGGGGAGAAGGGAGGGGCUGCAACCCAGCCAGUCCCCCUGCCUCGUACGCAAUGCUUAAGAUUUCAAAUGUAUAUGUAUCCUGGCCGAUAGUUUUGCACAGAAAAAUUGACUCUGCCUGCAAUAAUGAAAAUAAAGCUGUUAUACUUAGUUAGGAUUUCUUUUUCAGCCAGUGUUGCCGGACGUGUUACAGCAGCCAUCAUUGCAAAAUUUUUCAUCAAUUUCUCCUUCUCUGGCGUCUAUUUGUGGUGCGCGGAGCUGUUUCCAACUGCAGUGAGGUAUAUUAAAAUAAUAAUGAUAAUGACAAUGACAAUGAUAAUGAUAAUGAAAAUGAGAAUGAUAACACUAUAUUUAUUGAGGAUAUAAAGAGAUAAAGUUACAACUUUUUUCCAAUCUGGUCCUCUUAAACUCCAUAUAAACACAACAAUAACAUUAAACAUGACUAUUUUCAGUACUUCCCAGGAGUAUGAACAAAUGAAAUCAGGGGUAUAAUGUAAAGUAUUAACCAGUACUACAAAUCAGUUGUUUAUACCUCGAGAAAGCCCCAAUUUUCCAAUUAGGCAAUUUUCAAACUAUGUUUAAAUUACUUACAGAAUAAUAUGUCGAAAUACGUUGACACACAACUAACAGGUGUCUAAAGUGACACUACUCACUAUAUGUAUACUCGUGUAUACAUAUAUAUAAUAUAUAUAUAUAUAUAUAUAUAUAUAUAUAUAUAUAUAUAUAUAUAUAUAUAUAUAUAUAUAUAUAUAUAUAUAUAUAUAUAUAAUUAUAUAGCGAACGGAUCUGAACGUUAAAAUGUUUCAAAUCCUUAUAUAAAUAAAAACGUUUAGUUUCAUGCGGAAAACGGAUUUUUAAAAUAAAUUCUGAGAUUUUAUUCUAUAGGGCAACUGCUAUUGGAACAUCAUCUGCUGUGGCAAGACUUGGAUCAUUUUCUGCUAGUUACAUCAUUUGGCUCGUAAGUAACUUUUUAAAACUCAUCAGACAGUAUAACUAUAUUCGUUUGUAAUGUUUGUUUUCCUUGGCGGUUGUCCACUUUGGAGUUAUCUAAUUUGCGAGAAGUUUGCUGAUGUAAGAGAUUAAUGUUCCCAUUUGCACCAUACAUUUGGUGAAUAUUGUAACUAAACGUUGCUAUCAAAUGUAAUGAUGCUUAGUUAUACCUAGCUUUGUCCUAUAUCAUACACUUACCAUGGGUCUUGACACGCAGGGCCAUAUAUUACGUAUACGCAGGCUUUUUUCUCCACGGGACGCCAAUAACUCAAUGCUGAAAUAUAGUUACCCAACGGUCAAUGUAUAAAAAUCAUAACUGCAGUUAUAUAUACAUGCGCCAUAACCAUACAAAAUUCACAAGCUCUAGACCAAGUGGAUAUAAGUAGUAAGUAUAUAUAAAUUUAAUCCGUGCAAUUAGUAAAAGAUACAUAUAGUAAACCACCGACAUACUUCAAUCAAGUAUAGUGCGUCGUUUUAUAGUUCUUCAAAAAGGCGAAUAUAGGUAGAUCUUUCGUAAAUCGGACUGCUUGUGGUGUACGAAAAAGGCUAUGAAGUGAACCAAAUGGUUAGUAUUUUUUCAAC